AUGGAGUCUGCCGCCGAGCACCGACAUCACCCGGCGCCUUCAAGCCCAGUCAAGCCUCCACGGAAGAGGAAGAGAAUCGUAAUCUCCUGCACCGAGUGUCACCGCAGAAAGCAAAAGUGCGACCGCCAAAAUCCGUGCUCGAACUGCGUAGCCAGAAACAAACAAGGCCUGUGUCGGUAUGAGAGCGAGUCGGCUCGGAAGCAACAGCUUCUAGACGAGAGCGCGAAUGGAUCCGCAGAAGAAGGCGCCCUCUUCCAUCACGCCCAGCAGGAAUCCGAGACGGCGGCUCAGGUUAGCGCAUUUGGAUAUGCAAAGUCAAGUGGCACUACCAAUACCGCGCUGGGCAUCUUCAAGAAGAUAGAGAAUCUGGAUGCGGACCCGAGCUCUAGGUUACCAAACAUGGCGUCCAGUUCCUCGGAGUACGGGGGCUUGAGAGAGAAGUACAAGAGCAUGAUACGCCAGCUGCCAGCGAAACCGUAUAUCGAGCAAUUGGUCGCGUGUUUCUUCCGGGAGGUCAAUUGGCAGUACUGCCCGUUGGACGAGGGGCCGUUCAGGGACUUGCUCAAGAAUUGGCAUAGUCUGUCGUUCUCGACGCUCAAUAAGGGGCCCCAGGAGUUGCCGCCAGAUCUGCAGUUCUUUCCUGCUCUGCUGUUCCAGACAUUGGCUAUGGCGUUGCAGUUCCAACCUAUCGACUACGACCAGAGUCUGGACUCGCUGAAAUAUGCGGCUGGGAUGUCACUGGAUGACUUGGCAAGUGAUUACAGCGAGUCGGGCUGUCAAAUCCUCUGCAUGCUCGGGAAGAGACACACAACGCUGGUCACCGUCCAGGCCGGCUUCCUCCGAACAGCAUACUUGAAGAAUUGCGGCCUCGUACCGGAAAGCUGGCACCACCUCUCCUCGACCAUCAGAGAUGCCCAAGAGAUCGGACUUCACAAGCCAGACAUGGCUCAACACCAACGCAAACCCGAAGAGAAACCCGAGGACUACCUGGAACACCUCUGGCUUGAGCAACUUCGCCACCGAAUGUGGCUCAUCCUCUCGCUCUGGGACAUCCACAUGGCCAUCGUCCUCGGACGACCCACCGUCGUCUCCACCCGUGACGGCAAGCCAGCCUUCCCCAUCGAUGCCCCCAUCCCCAAGAACCGCCGCGAGGUUGCCCCAGCCCAGCGAACAGACGCCGACCCACCAACACCCCUCACCAUGCUCCUGUGGAAUGCCGAGAUCGCAGCUCCCCUCUGGGACAUCUUCAGCCUCGAAAAAGAAGACCCCAAUCAAAACAACUACUCGAAACUCGAACUAAUGCACAAGAAGAUCAACACCAUCACCCAUUACUGCCCGCCCUACUUUCGUGCCCAGAACCCAGACACAACAUUCGACUCUCACCCCGACUGUUUCUGGCUACCCUGUGCCCGCGCAACCUUCCAAACCAGUACAGCCUUCACAGUAAUGGCCCUCCACCGUCCUUACAUCUUCACCAACGCCAACUCUCGCACCGCGGCACUCCGAGCCGGAUUGGAUAUCCUGCGCGCCCAGCGCACCUACUUCAAUCUUCUCAGCAUCCGGCACUACAAGAUGUUCUCACUCGUGCUCAACACCUUUGACGCCAUCGUCCUCGUCGCAGCCAUCUACAUCUUACACCCUGCUGAAAACCCCGACGAGUUGGAUGAUGCGCUGCAGCAUUUCCGAUGGGGGAUGGAUCGCUUCGAGACGAUGAGCGAGCGCAACUCCAUGGCGAAAACUGCUCUCAGCGUGCUGAAAGCUAUCUGUGUGAGACUGAGGAAGGCAAUGAACCGCCCUGUAUGCCAGCCUAGGGUGGAGACGGACAUGUCCCAGGUCGAUCCACAGCUGAAGGUGGAUGUACCGCCCACCAGCGGCACCCCUACACUCCCAAGUCCGGAACCUGGCGCCGGCUUCUACACCCCGCGGUGUCCCAACCCGCCGGCCCCGCGCCAUCCAAGUAUCAGCAGUGCGAGUGCUGCUGCUUCGAAUUCGGAGGCGCCUCAGAGUGCCAGCACGGCCCAUACCCAGUACACCCUCCCCACCAUCUCAAACCUCACCGAAUCCGCGGUCCGCCCCCGCUCUAUGCCCGCUUCGGCCGCCACCGUCCCUCCCGCAACCUCACCGUGGUACACGUUCUCGGUGCCGCAAACCUUCGACUUCUCGUCCAUGGCCCCUCUCCAGCCCAUGCGCGACCUCCUGUUCAACGACCUCGGCGGCACCAUCGACGGCGGCUUGGAUCUGAACAACCCGGUGGGGAUGCCGACGCCGGGUAUUCCAGGCUGGAACGCAGGUGCGAGCGGCGGGGCGAACGGCAUGAGCAGCGGUGGAGCGGAUCCGCAGUGGCAGUUCGAGGGCGAUUUCGCGAAUGACAGUUUUUGGGGGUUCAUGAAUACUUAUCAUCCUUGA